UAGUGUGGGGUGGAAAGGAAGAGUGAGCGAGAGCAAGUUGAGGGGAGGGGGUGAAAGAGCCGGCGAAUUCUUUUUCUUUUUCUAUUAUUAUUUUGAAGACUCCCGAGUUGCGCCCAUGCUCUUGUCAGCUUCGUUCUAGGCGUAGCACGGCCAGGCAGAAGAAAAUGGGGCAAAGCGUGCUCCGGGCGGUCUUCUUUUUAGUCCUGGGGCUUUUGGGUCAUUCUCACGGAGGAUUCCCCAACACCAUCAGCAUAGGUGGACUUUUCAUGAGAAACACGGUGCAGGAGCACAGCGCUUUCCGCUUUGCUGUGCAGUUAUACAACACCAAUCAGAACACCACCGAGAAGCCCUUCCAUUUGAAUUACCACGUAGAUCACUUGGAUUCUUCCAAUAGUUUUUCUGUGACUAAUGCUUUCUGCUCCCAGUUCUCGAGAGGGGUGUAUGCCAUCUUUGGAUUCUAUGACCAGAUGUCAAUGAACACUCUGACCUCCUUCUGUGGAGCUCUGCACACGUCCUUUGUCACACCCAGCUUCCCCACUGAUGCAGAUGUGCAGUUUGUCAUCCAGAUGCGCCCAGCCUUGAAGGGCGCUAUUCUGAGUCUUCUGGGUCACUACAAGUGGGAGAAGUUUGUGUACCUUUAUGACACAGAAAGAGGAUUUUCCAUCCUCCAAGCGAUUAUGGAAGCAGCAGUGCAAAACAACUGGCAAGUGACAGCAAGGUCUGUGGGAAACAUAAAGGACGUCCAAGAAUUCAGGCGCAUCAUUGAAGAAAUGGACAGGAGGCAGGAAAAGCGAUACUUGAUUGACUGCGAAGUUGAAAGGAUUAACACAAUUUUGGAACAGGUUGUGAUCCUGGGGAAGCAUUCAAGAGGUUACCACUACAUGCUUGCUAACCUGGGUUUUACCGAUAUUUUGCUAGAAAGAGUCAUGCAUGGGGGAGCCAACAUUACAGGAUUCCAGAUUGUCAACAACGAAAACCCUAUGGUUCAACAGUUCAUACAGCGCUGGGUGAGGCUGGAUGAAAGGGAAUUCCCUGAAGCCAAGAAUGCACCUCUAAAGUACACAUCUGCAUUGACGCACGAUGCAAUACUGGUCAUAGCAGAAGCUUUCCGCUAUCUGAGGAGGCAGCGAGUGGAUGUGUCCCGGAGAGGCAGUGCUGGAGACUGCUUAGCAAACCCUGCUGUGCCCUGGAGUCAAGGAAUUGAUAUCGAGAGAGCUCUGAAAAUGGUGCAAGUACAAGGAAUGACUGGAAACAUCCAGUUUGACACUUACGGACGUAGGACAAAUUAUACCAUCGAUGUGUACGAAAUGAAAGUCACUGGCUCUCGGAAAGCUGGCUACUGGAAUGAGUAUGAAAGGUUUGUGCCUUUCUCGGAUCAGCAACUCAGCAAUGACAGUGCAUCCGCAGAGAACCGGACCAUCGUAGUAACCACCAUUCUGGAAUCACCAUAUGUAAUGUAUAAGAAGAAUCAUGAGCAACUGGAAGGAAAUGAGCGAUAUGAAGGCUAUUGUGUAGACUUAGCCUAUGAAAUAGCCAAACAUGUAAGGAUCAAAUACAAAUUGUCCAUUGUCGGUGACGGGAAAUACGGUGCAAGGGAUCCGGAGACUAAAAUAUGGAACGGCAUGGUUGGGGAACUUGUCUAUGGGAGGGCUGAUAUAGCUGUUGCUCCACUCACUAUAACGCUGGUCCGUGAAGAAGUCAUAGAUUUCUCAAAGCCGUUUAUGAGCCUGGGCAUCUCCAUCAUGAUAAAGAAGCCUCAGAAAUCAAAACCAGGAGUAUUCUCGUUUCUGGAUCCCUUGGCUUAUGAAAUCUGGAUGUGCAUCGUCUUCGCUUACAUUGGAGUCAGUGUAGUUCUUUUCCUAGUCAGCAGAUUCAGCCCUUACGAAUGGCACUUGGAAGACAACAAUGAAGAACCUCGUGACCCGCAAAGCCCUCCUGAUCCUCCAAAUGAAUUUGGAAUAUUUAACAGUCUUUGGUUUUCCUUGGGUGCCUUUAUGCAGCAAGGAUGUGAUAUUUCUCCAAGAUCACUCUCCGGGCGCAUUGUUGGAGGGGUUUGGUGGUUCUUCACGCUGAUCAUAAUUUCUUCCUAUACGGCCAAUCUCGCUGCUUUCCUGACUGUGGAGAGGAUGGUUUCUCCCAUAGAGAGUGCUGAAGACUUAGCUAAGCAGACUGAAAUUGCAUAUGGGACCCUGGACUCCGGCUCAACAAAAGAAUUUUUCAGAAGAUCCAAGAUUGCUGUCUAUGAGAAAAUGUGGUCUUACAUGAAAUCAGCAGAGCCAUCUGUGUUUACCAAAACAACAGCAGACGGAGUGGCCCGAGUGCGGAAGUCCAAGGGAAAGUUCGCCUUCCUGCUGGAGUCAACCAUGAAUGAGUACAUUGAGCAGAGAAAACCGUGUGAUACGAUGAAAGUUGGUGGAAAUCUGGAUUCCAAAGGCUAUGGUGUGGCAACCCCCAAAGGCUCAGCAUUAAGAAAUGCUGUUAACCUGGCAGUAUUAAAACUGAAUGAGCAAGGCCUCUUGGACAAAUUGAAAAACAAAUGGUGGUACGACAAAGGAGAGUGCGGCAGCGGGGGCGGUGACUCCAAGGACAAGACCAGCGCUCUGAGCCUGAGCAAUGUGGCAGGCGUUUUCUAUAUACUUGUCGGAGGUCUGGGGCUGGCCAUGAUGGUGGCUUUGAUAGAAUUCUGUUACAAAUCACGGGCAGAGUCCAAACGUAUGAAACUCACAAAGAACACCCAAAACUUUAAGCCUGCUCCUGCCACCAACACUCAAAAUUACGCUACAUACAGAGAAGGCUACAACGUGUAUGGAACAGAGAGUGUUAAGAUCUAGGGAUCCCUUCCCACUGGAGGCAAGUGACCAGAGGAAUCACCGAAAACGUGGCUGCUUCAAGGAUCCUGAGCCAGAUUUCACUCUCCUUGGUGUCGGGCAUGACACGAAUAUUGCUGAUGGUGCAAUGACCUUUCAAUAGGAAAAACUGAUUUUUUUUUUCCUUCAGUGCCUUAUGGAAUACUCUGAGACUCGCGACAAUGCAAAUCAUCAUUGAAAUCUUUUUGCUUUGCUUGAAAAAAUUAAAAUAAAAUCAACAAAAAAAUG